AUGGCUGUGAUGGAGCCAGCUCAGAUGCUGGUGACCUUCGAGGAGGUGGCUGUGUAUUUCACCCAGGGGCAGGGGGCUCUGCUGGACCCCGUUCAGAGAGCCCUCUACAGGGACGUCAUGCGGGAGAACUACGAGAUGGUGACCUCGCUGGGAUUCCCCCUUCCCAAACCGGACCUGAUCACCCGGCUGGAACGAGGGGAAGAUCCGUGGGUUCCGGAUCUCCAGGCCUGUGAGGAAAGAGAGAUCCCGAGAGGCGCCCACACAGGUGAUGGGAGAAUGAGUGAGAACGAGGAGGGGAAUCAACAGCAGGAAGUUCCUGGACACGGGGAAUCACAGGGGACCUCUGUGGGAAGAACCCAUAAGUGCUUAGACUGUGGAAAAAGUUUCAUACGGAGGUCAACGCUACUUGAUCAUCAGGCAAUCCACACAGGAGAGAAAUCCCAUAAAUGUUUGAACUGUGGAAAAAGUUUCACACAAAGAUCAAAUCUUAUGGCACAUCAGGCAAUCCACACUGGAGAGAGACCCCAUAAAUGCUUAAUCUGUGGGAAAAGUUUCAUACGGAGGUCAAACCUUGUUAACCAUCAAACAAUCCACACUGGAGAGAGACCCCAUAAGUGCUUAAUCUGUGGGAAAAGUUUCAUAUGGAGAACAACCCUACUUAAUCAUCAGGCAAUCCACACUGGAGAGAGACCCCAUAAAUGCUUAAUCUGUGGGAAAAGUUUCAUACGGAGGUCAAACCUUGUUAACCAUCAAACAAUCCACACUGGAGAGAGACCCCAUAAGUGCUUAAUCUGUGGGAAAAGUUUCAUAUGGAGGUCAAACCUUAUGGCACAUCAGGCAAUCCACACAAGAGAGAGAACCCACAAGUGCUUGGAGUGUGGAAAAAGUUUCAUACGGAGAACAACCCUACUUAAUCAUCAGGCAAUCCACACUGGAGAGAGACCCCAUAAGUGCUUAAUCUGUGGGAAAAGUUUCAUACGGAGGUCAGACCUUGUUAAACAUCAAGCAGUCCACACCAGAGAGAGAUCCCAUAAGUGCUUGGACUGUGGGAAAAGUUUCAUAUGGAGGUCAACCCUUGAUAAACAUCAGAUAAUCCACACAGGAGAGAAAUCCCAUAAAUGUUUGGACUGUGGGAAAAGUUUCAUACAGAGGUCAAACCUUGUUAGACAUCAGGCAAUCCAUACAGGAGAGAGACCCCAUAAGUGCUUAAUCUGUGUUAAAAGUUUCAUACAGAGGUCAGACCUUGUUAAACAUCAAGCAGUCCACACUGGAGAGAGACCUCAUAAGUGCUUAGACUGUGGGAAAAGUUCCAUACGGAGGUCAGACCUUGUUAAACAUCAAGCUGUCCACACCAGAGAGAGACCCCACAAGUGCUUAGACUGUGGGAAAAGUUUCCCACAAAGAUCAAAUCUUAUGGCACAUCAGGCAAUCCAUACAGGAGAGAGACCCAAUAAGUGCUUAAUCUGUGUUAAAAGUUUCAUACUGAGGUCAGACCUUGUUAGACAUCAGGCAAUCCAUACAGGAGAGAGACCCCAUAAGUGCUUAAUCUGUGUUAAAAGUUUCAUACUGAGGUCAGACCUUGUUAGACAUCAGGCAAUCCAUACAGGAGAGAGACCCCACAAGUGCUUAGACUGUGGAAAAGGUUUCAUACAGAGGUCAAACCUUGUUAGACAUCAGGCAAUCCAUACAGGAGAGAGACCCCACAAGUGCUUAGACUGUGGAAAAGGUUUCAUACAGAGGUCAAACCUUGUUAGACAUCAGGCAAUCCAUACAGGAGAGAGACCCCACAAGUGCUUAGACUGUGGGAAAAGUUUCUUAUGAAGGUCCAGCCUUGUUAAACGUCAAGCGAUCCAUACAAGAGGGAAAUGUUAACAUUUAGAUUAAACUUGGGUGUAAUAAUGUCAUUGUGUAUAUAUAUCUCUCUUUAAAGUUUGUGGUAAACUGUCUAUGAACAGCUUUAUGGAUAAUUAAUUACCUUAUGCUAAUCCAUGUAGUUUUAUUACCUGUGAUGUUUGUGAAGUAGGAGGUUACUUCCAAAACCUAUUGUUCACCCAAGGACUGACUGCUGUCGAGAGGCUGCAAAAAUGUCUAUAAAAACUCUUGGGACCCGAUACGUUUAUCUUAGUUCUUCUUAAGUUUUAUUCAGGGGGAGUUUGAGUCGUAAGACUGAGAUCUCCAGUCCCUUCUGGACUGCACUGAUAUUGAACAUUUGGACAUUGGACUAGAACGUGAUGAAAUGAUACUGAAAAGGACUCUCUUCAAUUCUAACGUGCCAUCUCUAUGGUGAAACUGACCUAAGGACUCUAUUCGCGUUUGUAUGUCUAGUGAUCUUUUAGCCAAUACUGUCUUUUCUUUUAAUAAAUGGUAAUUUCGUUAACAAGAAUUGGCUGUAAGCGGGUAUUUGGGUAAGAACUGAAGUAUUCAUUAACUUGGGUAAUGUGUCUGCUCCUUUGGGAUUGGUAGAAUUCUUUAUAUGAGGAAGAUUGUCCAUCAGAAUCUGAGGACAUUUUCCCACAUCAGGUAUCAUUAAAGACUUGCCU